GUCUAUUACGGUCACGUUAACGCCGCACGGACGCGCCGCCGCUCACCGUCUCAUCACAACCACCGGCGCUCAACGGCAGAGCAAAAGUCAACAUGGCGACCGAGGGUCAGUUCGAGUACGAGUCGGUCCUCUGCGUUAAGCCCGAAAUCAACGUUUACCGAAUCCCACCGAGAACAUCCAACCGGGCGAUCAGGGCCGCCGACUGGAAGCUGGACGCACCUGACUGGACGGGACGCAUGCGCGUGACCGCGCGGGGGAAAGUGGCCUACGUGAAGCUGGAAGACAAAGUGUCUGGGGAGCUGUUUGCUCAGGCUCCGGUAGACGAGUACCCUGGCAUCGCGGUGGAGACAGUUGGCGACUCCAGCCGUUACUUUGUGCUCCGCAUCCAAGAUGAUAACGGCCACAGUGCGUUCAUAGGAAUCGGGUUCGGAGACCGAGGUGAUGCUUUUGACUUCAAUGUUGCACUUCAGGACCACUUCAAGUGGGUAAAACAGGAAGACGAACUGAAAAAACAGGCACAGGCCCCAGACUCUACUCCCAAACUGGACCUGGGCUUCAAAGAAGGCCAGACCAUCACGCUCAACAUUGGGCAAUCAAAGAAGAAGGACAGGUCUCGUCCCCAGAGUUCAGGCGGCCUCGGGCUCCUUCCACCUCCUCCUGGAGGAAAGCUGGCUCCACCCCCCUCUUCCAGAUCGACCAAUCAUAACACACAACCAUCUGCAGGUGGAAGUGACACCGGUUGUUUGCUAGACCUGGACUCCAGUAACUCCAACUCAGUGGCUCCAUCCAACUCCACCACCUCAGCCAGUUCUGACCUGUGGGGAGACUUUGACUCCGUAGCUCCAAAGUGAAAACAGAGUUAGUCUGUUUUCGUCCUUCUGUCGCUCUUUUGCAAUUUUGUUUUCCCAUUUUUGGGGUCCUGUAUCUGCCAAGCUCUACUAGUUUUUGUUGGUAUUUUGCUCUAGUUCAGGUUGAAAGAUACUUGUAUUCUGAGAUGGUAAAUACUCGGGUCUCACACCACAGUCUUAACUACAAGGAUUUACAACUUCUCCAUCUUCUUGUCUAAAUCCUGCCUUUGACUUCUCCUCCCCCUUAUUUGCUCAUUUCUAUCAUCGAGUACUAGUAUGAUCAAGAGAUAUAAUCAGGAACAUCUGAUAUUGAGGUUUAAUUAGAUAAUAUUAAAUACAUGUACAGAGAAUAUUUAUUUUAAAUGUAUAUAUUGUUGGUAGUUUGUAAUUAUUGCAGUUGGUGUUGUCAUGUGCUUCACUGUCUCCAAGUCUCCAGCUGUGGGACUGAAUAUAUGCACUGACUGACAGUCUAGGCUGUCUGUGUACUUAGUAAUGCAUAAAGUCUGCAUUUAACGCAGACAAGAUCUAAUUUUAGAUUAUUCCAAGGUUUACCACCAAAUUAUUGUACUUGAAGGGAUCUUGUGGCAGAUGUUGUGAUUCAAUGACUAGCAGUGUUUACUAGCACUCUCUAGUGGGCUGUUGUGUCCCGGCAGCAUCACUUUGACUGAGGAGAUGCAGCUGUAAUACAUAUUUCACCGGGGAUGGGUUCUGGGCCCUGUGGGAUCGGUUAGGACUGUAAAUCAGUGCAGGGAGACAGGAAAAUAGCUGUGGGACGCGAUGGGGUUUAGCAAAAGAAAGUGAGGCAUCGAGUGCUUUUAUCUUUGCUUCGAGGGAAAGCUGAUGAUUACGUCCAUGUUAUGUCAUCUCUGCUCUGCACAGCUGUUAAAGCCGUGACUGGUGAGUCAUUUAGGUCACGGCUUCUUAGGCCCGGUUAGUAAACAGGUCCGCAUUUCUGCAUCGCUCCUGCCUCUCCUUUAAGUCUCCAUGAGGAGGUGCGAGCAGGUCUGUCUCCACUGUACAAAGCAGUUUGAACUGUGAACUUGGACUCCGUUUUGAGAUGAAAAGUUACUGUAGUACUGAUGUUCGGAUCCACACAAACCCAAGCUAGUCUGUGUUUGACACCGUGUUCUGUUUGUUGUCUCCCUCUCUCUCCCUGUACAUGGAUGGUGUCGUGCUGACAUCAGUGACGCGGGCAUGAUCACUGAUGUCGAUAGAAACACACAUGGUUUGUUUAAAGCCUGUAUAGUGUCGGUCAGCUUUCGUUUACCGUUGCGGUUACGUGUUACUUGUUAUUCAAACUGUUUAUGUGUAUAGAAAUCAAUAUGCAAUGGAAAAACAUAAAGAUAUCGCCUAAUGACCAAAA